GUGUGUUAUUUGUUUUCAUAGAAAAUGGCGUCAAAAGCUACAAGAAGGGCAGUCGAAGAGGAGGAUUUGGCUAAUGUCGAGUUUGAGACCAGCGAGGAUGUCGAGGUUGUUCCAACCUUUGACUCUAUGAGCCUGCGUGAAGAUCUGCUCCGAGGAAUUUAUGCAUACGGUUUUGAGAAACCUUCAGCUAUCCAGCAGAGAGCCAUCAAACCCAUUGUUAAGGGACGUGACGUGAUUGCCCAGGCCCAAUCCGGAACUGGUAAAACUGCCACCUUCUCUAUUUCUAUUCUCCAGAGUAUUGAUACUACUGUCAGGGAAACCCAGGUUCUGUGUUUGUCUCCUACCCGUGAGUUGGCAGUACAGAUCCAGAAGGUUGUUCUAGCUCUUGGAGAUUAUAUGAACGUCCAGUGUCACUCUUGCAUAGGAGGAACCAACCUGGGUGAGGAUAUCCGUAAACUUGAUUACGGUCAACAUGUUGUAUCUGGAACUCCGGGCAGAGUAUUCGAUAUGAUCAGACGCAGGACCCUGAGGACCCGAGGUAUUAAGAUGUUGGUACUGGACGAGGCUGACGAGAUGUUGAACAAGGGGUUCAAGGAACAGAUCUACGAUGUGUACAGAUAUUUACCUCCUUCAACUCAGGUUUGCCUGAUCUCCGCUACCCUGCCCCACGAGAUCCUCGAGAUGACCAGCAAGUUUAUGUCAGAUCCUAUCAGGAUCCUGGUAAAGCGUGACGAGUUGACGCUGGAGGGUAUUAAGCAGUUCUUCGUUGCUGUUGAGAGGGAGGAGUGGAAGUUUGAUACACUCUGUGACCUCUACGAUACACUCACUAUCACUCAGGCGGUUAUCUUCUGUAACACAAAGCGUAAGGUUGAUUGGUUAACUGAGAAGAUGAGGGAGGCCAACUUUACAGUCUCCUCAAUGCACGGAGAUAUGCCACAGAAGGAGAGAGAUGCUAUCAUGAAGGAAUUCAGGUCCGGACAAAGCCGAGUACUCAUCACUACUGAUGUUUGGGCAAGAGGAAUUGACGUUCAACAGGUUUCCCUGGUUAUCAACUACGAUCUACCAAACAACAGAGAGUUGUACAUUCACAGAAUUGGUAGAUCUGGACGUUUCGGCAGGAAGGUCAGUAUGGAACAUUUCUCCUUUUAGGAUAUCAAUUACUUU